AUGGGGGAUGAAACUAGACAUCAUGAUGGGUUCGUCCCGCCAUUUGCAAAUGUUGAUAUGAUUCCGCCUCAUCAUCCACAAAAUGUUGAGGUAGCACCAGUUCAACAAAGGCAACCAAGGAAUCGAAACAUACAACAACAACAAGCACCUCAAAGAUGCACUUUGGGUGAAUUCUUUUUACCAGAUGUUGAUCAUGCUAAUUUUGGAUAUUUUGUACCACCUAUUCAGGCAAAUACUUUUGAGAUCAAAACUAGCACGAUUACUCUACUUGAGAAUCGAUGCCAAUUCUUAUGGAUCAAAUCAAUCUUCGAUUGUUUCCAUUCUCCUUACAAGAUAAGGCACGAGCAUGUUCAAUCUAUAGCUACCAAUUCCAUCACGACAUGGAGAGAACUUGCACAAGCUUUUCUCAACAAAUAUUUCCCUUUAGGGAAGACGGCAAUAUUGACGAAAGAAAUUAUAUAUUUCUUUCAACAUUAUGGAGAAGCUUUGUAUGGAGCGUGGGAGAGAUUCAAUGAACUUCAACGAAGUUGCCCACAUCACCACCUCCAAAAGGAACAUUUAAUUCAGAUAUUUUAUAAUGGUAUUAAUGAGCAUACUAGAGCUACUAUUGAUGCAGCCUCAGGAGGCUCAAUCAUGAGGAAGACGUAUGAAGAAGCACUUCCUUUGUUAGAUGAGUUGGCUACAAACAGCAGUUAUUGGCCUACUGAGAGGAUGAGACAAUCAAACCAAAGGGGCAUGAUGACCUUAGAGCAGAUCCAAGAGUUGGAGGUGAUGAAAACAAAGAACGCUGCCCUCCAAGCUCAAGUGGAUUUGUACAAAAGACAAAGGAAUGCUCUGAUAGCAGCAGUGCAGGCAGGAUGUCCAACAAAUGCAAAUGCUCAAGCAAACACAGGAAAUUCCAAUUUUCAAUCGGGGAACCGCUACCAACCUAAUCAAGGUAAUUAUAAUUCGAACAAUUAUAGUAGUAGGCUGCGAAAUCCUCUUGGAUUUCAAUCAAACAGUAAUCAAGAUGACGGAAGCAAGCUCGAUAAAAUUUUGGAGCGAUUUGAGAAGUUUGAAGCGGAAGCGCGACAGAAAGAUAAAAAUCAAGCAGUUCCUUUCCAUCAUCUCGAGGUACAAAUUUCACAAUUAGAAACCUCUAUUCAAGGUAGAAACCAGGGUGGUUUACCUUCCACUACAGAGACAAAUCCCAAAGAGCAAGUUAAGGCUGUCGAGCUUAUGAACAGAAAGGCUCUUAAUGAUCCACAUGGUAAGAAGCCUAUAGAAGUCAAUGAUGAGCCAAAUGUUGACGAAGCGAGUUCAAGCAAUGCAAAGGCAAGCGAGGAGGUAAUAGUUGAGGAUGAAAUUCCUGAUGUUAGACCACCACCACCUCCUCCAUACGUGUCUAAGGUACCAAUUCCGAGUCGGCUAAGAAAAAUGCCAGACAACAAUAAAUUUCACAAAUUUUGGAAAUCUUCAAGAAGCUCCAAAUCAGCAUCAGUCUAG